GUGUAAAGUGUUUCUAAGCAACGGAGGUUUUUUUUCGCCUACACACGCCUCGGAGCUCAGCAGCUACGUCCGCUACUCAGGCUAUACUGCUUUCCCCCGUUUUGUUGGCAUGUCUACAGAGUGAAGUGGUAUUUAUUAGUGUACUGUCUGGUAUGUCCGAGCGCCUUCUUUAAAUUCUGCUUCACAAGACUCAAACAGUUGAUUGGUCGCGUCUUUCUCCUGAGGAACCAAUCAGAACCGUUGUUAUUUGGGAGGUUGCUGUUGUGUUGACCAUGGCAGUGUCCACUGUCAAGAAAAUGUCAUGGAAACUGCAAGAUGUGGUGGCCCAGCCAAGUAACGUGUCUUCACUGGUGUUGGGUAAAUCAUCAAGUCGCUUGCUGGCUACAGGAGGGGAGGACUGCAGAGUCAACAUCUGGGCUGUCAACAAAUCUAAUUGCAUUAUGAGUUUGACGGGCCACACAAGCCCUGUGGAAUGUGUCCAGUUCAGUACCUCAGAGGAGCAGGUGGUAGCUGGCUCUCAGUCAGGUUCUCUGCGGGUCUGGGACUUGGAGGCUGCUAAAAUAUUUCGGACAUUGAUGGGUCACAAGGCUAAUAUCUGCAGUGUAGACUUUCACCCAUUUGGGGAAUACCUGGCCUCAGGUUCCAUGGAUACUAACAUUAAGUUAUGGGAUUUGAGGAGGAAAGGGUGUGUGUUCCGGUAUAAGGGUCAUACUCAAGCAGUGCGUUGUCUGGGCUUUAGCCCUGAUGGAAAGUGGCUUGCUUCAGCCAGUGAUGACAGCACAAUUAAGCUUUGGGAUUUAACGGCUGGGAAGAUGAUCACAGAAUUCACAGCACACACAUCAGCGGUUUCUGUUGUCCAGUUCCACCCAAAUGAGUACCUUCUGGCUUCAGGAAGUGCUGACAGGACCAUAAAGUUAUGGGAUCUGGAGAAAUUCAAGAUGAUUGGCUCAUCAGAGGGUGAAACAUCUGGAAGGUGUGUCUUAUUCAGUCCUGAUGGUAGCUGUUUAUACAGUGGCUCAGAUGACACAUUGCGUGUGUAUGGCUGGGAGCCAGACUGCUGCUUUGAUGUAGUACGUGUAGGCUGGGGCAAAGUGGUGGACUUUGCAAUCUGUAACAGUCAAAUGAUUGGAGUGUCGUGCAGCCAGACGAAUGUGAGCUUGUAUGUUGUGGAUCUGGACCGAGUGAAGAAAUCAGGAGCUGUCCAAGAACAAAUUCAUGGUGGCAAGCCACUUGCUGCACCCAUUCCUAUAGGAGUAACACUAAGGCGCAACUAUGAGCGUCCCACCAUGUCCUGCAGCAGACAGAAAAUGAAACAGAAUGCAGAUGGAGACAGGUGUGUUGAGGGGGAGAGGCGUAGCCCUAGCAGCGAGGAUGAGCGUGAUGAGGAGAGCAAAGCAGAAAUCACAAAUCCAGAUGAUUAUAAAGAGAUAUUUCAGCCCCGCAGUGCUAUCUCACGAACACCUCCUAAAAGGCGUGAACCCUUCCCUGCACCACUUGUGGAUGAAAGUUUCCAGGUGAAGCCCCACUUAGCAGAAGAAAUCAUUACUACAUUGCCUGACCAAUUGAAGGCCCCCAAUGUUUCCUGCACAGUAACGCCCACAGCUCCAGCCCAGCCUGUAUCAGUCUCAAGGCAUGUCGUCACGACAUCCAAACUCGAACCCAAAUUAGCCGUUAACCCCUCCAUUGAGCCCCUCGGCCUUAUUUUCGGGGACAUUUUACAACCUGGACUAAGUGGAAACACCAGUGUCACAGCAGAUGAAGAGGCAUUGGUUCAGAUCAGAAAAGGGCAUAGCACUAUGUGUGUGAUGUUGACUAGCAGACACAAAAACCUUGACACAGUACGGGCUCUCUGGGCUGGUGGCGACAUCAAGACAUCACUCGAUUCUGCUACGUCCAUGAACGAUCUGUCCAUUGUGGUGGACAUCCUCAAUAUAAUCAACCUCAAACCGUCACUUUGGAAACUAGACACCUGCAUGACCAUCUUGCCCCAGCUUGAGGAGCUGCUACAGAGUAAAUAUGAAAGUUACAUGCAGACUGGGUGCAUGUCUUUGAAGUUAAUUUUGAAGCGCUUUUGGCCAUUAAUCUCAGAGACACUGAAUGCUCCCCCAUCUGUUGGAGUGGAUAUUACACGAGAGGAGAGGCACCAGAAGUGUAAGAUGUGCUAUAAGCAGCUGAAGAACCUCAGUAACGUAGUGAGGAACCGUGCAGAGCAAGUUGGUCGACAUGGCAGUACUUUCAAAGAACUGCAGCUACUUAUGGCCCCUUUGGAUUACUAAAACACAAUCACUUUCCUUAUUGCUUAAUAUCACACACAAAGAUUGGUCUCAGUAAGCUCUUACGUAGCAAAGCACUCACCAGGACAUGAUUGAGGAGGAAGUCCAGACGUCUGCUAGGCUGUAUGAAUAAACUUCAUAAACACUAUGUAAUGAAUUAUGUCAUCAGGCAAAUUUAAUUUACUGUGUAUUUACAAAACUGCUUUUGUUUGGGGGAUAAAUUUCUUUCUGUAAUUCCUUUUAUAUAAAGAAAAAGUAUGUACUGUUUUUUUUCUUCAAAUAAAAUACAUCAAUCUUUGUUUUCUAA